AUGAAAGACAAGCAUUCACCUCCACUGUUCGCUCCAAUCGGAAUUUUCGCCUCUGUCUCGACUCCCAUCAUUAAGGAUAACCCUCAACAACAUACAGCUCACUUCGAUGGUGACAUCACCUUUGACCAUCUCAGUCUCCUUUCGUUGCAUCAUCACGCUAUCUUCGCUACCCUUCUCGUAUGCAUUUCGGCAAGUGACAUAACCAGAAUUGCUCCUGUGCAAGCUGAUACGAGUCUUGUCUGUAUUCGCUCCUAUCAGGAUGUCACAAACACUCUGCGUGGGUAUCGAGUUCUGCCGGACCGUUCGAUUUUUGUUGUGCCAUUGCUAUGCACUCGGGUCGCACAAAGCCGAGCGAUCUGCCAGCCAACACCGGCUGAGAGUCAGGCAAUGGAAGCAUUUUGUUUUAUCCAUUCUUCUUGCCAUUAG